UGAAUAAAUUGAAUAGCCCUGGUAAUAGUCCCGUGGUUUACAACAGAAUAGCCCAUAAACAAGGUCAUUCGUCACUCCAGCGCCGCUCUCUUCACACUAUUACAUACAUUAUGUACACAGUGUUAUGUACAUAGCUAUAACUGAUACAUAGAUAACAGAAGAUAAUGGUGAUUAAAGAUCUUGAUAGUUAGUGCUUGGGAGAAAUUAACCUUUACAGGUUUUGCGUGUUGAAGUCGAAGACUCGUUUUGUGAUGGAAUAACAGAACGUAAUUCAACUGAAAUUGAAACAAAGAUGGAACAUGAUGCAUUUGUAGAUAAGGCAGAUACAGACUAUUUGGAAGUAAACAGACUGUACGACGAAUGUUUGACGUAUUUGGAAACAGUAAAAGCGGCGUAUGCACAGACAUUCAACACAAACAUCAAUAGAAAACUAUUUGAAACUGAUGAAGAUGAUGAUUAUGACGAAAUAGAUUCACCUGGAUAUGAAACUGACCAGAGAAAAAAUGAUUUUACGAAUAAAAGAAGCGAAUCAUUUGUUUAUGAAGUACCUAAAGCAGAUUUCAAAGUAGAAAAUGAAAUAAUAAAACCACACGAAAGUAAAACACAAAGUACCGAUGAAGUUUCAAAAACCGAUAACGAUUUAAGUAAUUUAACUAAAAAACAGAAUCUUGAUAUAAAACCACAAAAAGACGCAAUAAAAUCAGUUAGUAACGAGGAAAUACGAUCGGAGCGGUUAAGAAAGUUUUCUCAACAACUUCCAAAGAUCAUAAUAACUCAAAGUAAUACAAGUUUAAGCAAGAGAAAGGAAGAAGUUGACAACUUGAGAAAACGACAUCAGGCCAGACCUCCCAUCGAUAAGAGGAAACGAAAUCCUAACCUUGGCUCUCGCCCUUCCGUCCGCUAUAAAGCUGGCUAUGGUGACUACCCCAAGCGUUUGGUCUCCAAGAGUGGUUUGGAGAAUGUCGCUCUUAUCUCCAACGUCCCUUCUGAGAACAUUCGCAUGUUGAAUGAUACUUUUCAUACUCUGAUCAACAUCCGCUGGCGCUGGAUCGUCUGGGGCACCGUCUUCGUCCACUUCGCCAUCUGGCUCGUGUUUGCUGGUUUCUGGUACAUCGCGGCGCUGGCCCACUACGACUUCGAGCCUGACCCUCCCAGGAAGACCUGCAUCACGGGGGGCAAUGACUUCACGACGAUAUUCUUGGCUUCUGUUGAGGCUCAGACAACUAUUGGUUUCGGAGACAGAACAAUAGAUGAAGAAUGUCCAGAAUCAAUAUUCUUAUUCAUCAUGCAGUUGAUCCUGGGCACGGGUCUGUCCGGGGUGCUGACGAGCGUGGUGUACGCUAAGCUCACCCGCCCGGAGAAGCUGUCCCGGGACGGAGUCGGCUUCAGCAAGAACGCUGUGAUCAGCAUGAGAGACGGCAAGCUGUGCCUCAUGAUACGAGCUUGGGACCUCAACUACGACCACAUCAUCGGGUCUGACUUCAGCGCUCACUUCGUCAAGACUUACAGAACGAAGGAGGGCGAGGUGAUCCGCUACUUCGCGCAGAGCCUCGUGCUGCAGCAGCGCCAGUUCCUGCUGUGGCCCGUCACCAUCGUGCACGUCAUCGACGAGGAUAGUCCGCUGUAUAGUAUGACGCCUGACGACUUUGCUAGCUUCAGCUACGAGAUCACAAUAAGCCUAAAGGGCGCGUCGGCGUCGAUGGGCACGUUCACGCAGAGCCAGACCUCGUACCUCCCGGCUGAGGUGCGCUGGGGGUGCCGCUUCCCGCCCGUCGUCAGGUUCGACCGUCGUAAGCAGAAGUACGUAAUAGAUCACAAGAAGCUGAACCAAAUAGAAGAAGCACCCACACCGCUCUGCAGCGCCAGCCAGAUGUUCAGUUCUUCAGAGAAGUCAGACGCGAACCCCGAGCGGCCCCCCACGCCGAGCCGGCCUCCCACGCCGGGCAGCUUCACGGACCAGGUCUCGAUGUUCCACCUGCAGAGGUCCUCGUCCUUCAGGAAUAAUGAGAUCAAGUCGUGAUGCAGAGCCAGGAGUGGACACGGGCCAGGGGUUAGACUGUUUACUCAGUUCUAGUCCUGAAGCUGCUACACGGGUUCGG